AGAAAAGAGAGAUUGCCGCCUUCUUAGCUCAAACUUCUCAUCAAACUACAGGUUUAAUUCCUAUACGCCAUUUCACAAAUCUAUCCAUAUUUUUUAUUCCUUUCCUAAGUAUAUAAGUUUUACAAGAAUCGGAAAUUUUGAAAUUAAAACCUUCACAAAAUGUGAAGAUUGUUUGUAAUCCAUGACUCUUGUACAGGUGGGUGGGCUGCUGCCCCGGAUGGUCCAUAUGCAUGGGGCUAUUGCUACCUUAGGGAGCAAGGUAACCCUGGAGAUUAUUGCCAACCAAGUCAACAGUGGCCUUGUGUUCCUGGCCAAAAGUAUUAUGGCCGAGGUCCCAUCAUGAUUUCAUACAAUUACAACUAUGGUCCCGCAGGAAAAGCAAUUAACUACGACUUGCUAAAUAACCCUGAUGCUGUAGCUACAGACGUUACCAUUUCUUUCCAGACAGCUUUUUGGUUCUGGAUGACUCCACAGUCCCCCAAACCUUCAUGUCACGAUGUAAUCACCGGAAAAUGGACCCCAUCCGCCGCAGACAGGGCAGCUGGUCGAGUCCCCGGGUACGGGGCCAUUACCAACAUCAUCAACGGUGGCAUUGAAUGUGGCAAAGGUCCAAACGCACUGGUUGCGGACCGCAUCGGGUUCUAUAAGAGAUACUGUGACUUACUGAAAGUCGGUUAUGGCAACUAUCUUGACUGUUACAACCAACAGCCCUUUGCUUAGAGAAAUCCAGUUCAGGUCAAAAUAAGAUGUUCCCAUGUGAUGAACAGUAGUAAAAUGAAAUAAUUGUUCAUCUUCUAAAUAAAACCAAUAAAUAAAAAGUCUGUACUUCU